GCCAUUUUUGAAAAUCGGGAAGGUGCCUUAGAUAAGUGUAGUUGCCGCCGCGAUGGCAGCCUUUGCCGUGGAACCCCAGGCGCCCACGAUGGGAUCUGAACCAAUGAUGCUGGGUUCACCAACAUCUCCAAAGCCAGGAGUUAAUGCCCAGUUCUUACCUGGAUUUUUAAUGGGGGAUUUACCAGCUCCAGUGACUCCACAACCUCGAUCAAUUAGUGGUUCUUCUGUAGGAAUAAUGGAAAUGAGAUCACCUUUACUUGCAGGUGGGUCACCACCGCAGCCAGUUGUGCCAGCUCAUAAAGAUAAAAGUGGAGCUCCACCAGUUAGAAGUAUAUACGAUGACAUUUCUAGCCCAGGACUUGGAUCAACACCUUUAUCUUCAAGAAGACAGCCAAACAUUUCAGUAAUGCAGAGUCCUCUUGUUGGAAUUACGACAACUACUCCUGGAACAGGGCAAAGUAUGUUUAGUCCAGCAAAUAUUGGUCAGCCACGAAAGACAACGUUAUCUCCUGCCCAGCUGGAUCCUUUUUAUACUCAAGGAGAUUCUCUGACUUCAGAAGAUCACCUCGAUGACACUUGGGUGACUGUGUUUGGGUUUCCUCAAGCAUCUGCUUCCUAUAUAUUAUUACAAUUUGCACAAUAUGGGAAUAUCUUAAAACAUGUGAUGUCUAACACAGGAAAUUGGAUGCAUAUUCGUUAUCAAUCUAAACUGCAGGCCCGGAAAGCCUUAAGCAAAGAUGGGAGGAUUUUUGGAGAAUCCAUCAUGAUUGGUGUAAAACCCUGUAUUGAUAAGAGUGUUAUGGAAAACAGUGACAGAUAUGCUUUAUCAUCUCCAUCUCUAGCCUUUACACCACCAAUCAAAACUUUAGGCACACCAACACAACCUGGAAGUACUCCUAGGAUUUCUACCAUGAGACCUCUUGCUACAGCAUACAAAGCUUCUACUAGUGACUAUCAGGUUAUUUCUGACAGACAAACUCCAAAAAAAGAUGAAAGUCUUGUAUCGAAAGCAAUGGAAUACAUGUUCGGCUGGUAGUAUAGUAACAGCUAAGAACUCAACUACCAAGGAGAAGUUUGCUACACUAAAACAGAGUUAGCAGAGUACUGCUGGUUUCCUUUGGUUAGUUAUAUAACCACUCCUGGCAGUAUUGGACAGCUAUCUCACACUUCUUUUAAAAAGAAGCCUUUUUCUUUAAGGAUACAGCCUACUUGUAGCUCGCACUUUAAAAGAUGCUUGAGAUACAUUUUAAAGAAAACUAAAAAUCCCUGUAACCAGGAUUUUGUGCUUUCUGUUUUAGUGCAUGCUUAAGCACAAAAAACUUGGCGUUGAUUACUGUAAAUUAAAUAACUGAAUUUGUGGUGAGGCUUUGUAGUCUUCAUGAGAAGGUGGGGUGAAUUUCAUGAAGGGGAACUAUAGCUGCUUCUACCAAGACAUAAAGAUUAUAAUUAGCAAUUUGAAUUAUGGUCUUUUAAUUUAGAUAGUAUUUAAUAUUUUAAUUAUCUUUGUUUGUAUAUGUACUGUCAUGGAUUGUUAUCUUUCAGUAUUCUAAAACAAAAACAUUCUUUUUAAAAACCUUCUAAAGUUUCUUAAUAAUAAAUUUUGUCAAU